AUGACUGUCAGAGUGACUCGCAGCCAGAGUCGAAAGACCUCGGUCCCCCACUCCGAAUCUCACUCUCCAGAGUCUUGCAAGAGAAAGAACGAGUUCGAAGAUCCUCCCACCUGUGGCAAUGUCCACAGGGUAAGCGGACUCUCAUCUUGCAAAACCCCUCAGAGGCAGAAUAAGAGGGUUCGAAUCUCAGAUCCUGGUCCUCAGCUGCAAAACUGCUUCGACUAUUCUACCGGGUUGACGCCUGCGCUGCUUCGCACCUCGUUUGAGGACUCAGGAGAUACCGACCCUGUCAUUCGAACUCCUAGCCGGCGGCGCUCAGCCCCGCUAGCACGCCCUCGGUACCUGCAGGACCCUUCUUUCCCUGUCAAUCGAGUCCCUGCAGAGCGAGUGGUACAGUUCACACCCUUGCGGCAGAUCCUAGACCCUCGGACCCAAAGAAGGCUUAGGCGCAUAGGGCUCAGUGACGAGAUCAACCACAUCGAGCGCGAGAAACGUGAAACGGCCUACUAUGAAAAGACCUUGCAAUCCUUGUUGCGCGAAAGAGACGCGUUGAAGCAAGAGCUUGAGUUGACGAGAGCCACGCAAACUGAACACCAAUCCUCGCCGCCAGAGCAUGAAGCUAUGAACAUGUCCCCCCAGACCAGAAUCGAGCAUCUAGAGGCUGAAAAUGAUCGCCUUAGGGAGAAAGUAUCAUUUUCCUCUUUUCAGCAUGCUGAUGACCAAUGCUCUGUCGCAAAUAGUGACACCGGUACCAUUGACACCAUUAUCAUCAAUGACAGUGCAUUCGAAGGAGACACGAUCUUGAUGUCAAACUCACCCGAUAUUCACGCCUUUGAUGGGGACCAGUGCCCCAUUCCAAAUGAUCUUUCGCAGGUGCUCGAUCAAGGCACGGCGGCUGUUGACUACACUCAACUUCGCUCAUCUGACAAUGAGAACGGAGACGAUUUACGCGAUCUCUCGCUCGACCUAGAGGCUGCAAGAAGAGAAAAAAGGAACCUAUUCGACUCCUGUCGCGCUCACUCCACAACCUUCGAUGGCACCGAACUUAGCCAGCAUCUUCACCAAUCCUCUCCGCCUCCAGAUUUCGUGGUUCAAGUCGUGUCUGCCCUCACAACGGCCGUUGGCCGUGCCUCAGAUGCUGUCGGCGCACUCAAUUCGGCAGCGGAUGAGCUUUCGAGCCUGGGUUUUUCGGGACAGACCGUGUAUGAGAUCCUUACCGAGAUACGGCAUCGCUUUCGUGCAGCUCGCCUUAGCCUGGAGCGUGCAGUCCCAGGUGAGACAGCCAAUGCAGGCCUGGUCGAUGGAAGUGCCACGUUAAGCGCGUUGGUGGAUCGGGUGGAACUGUUGGUGAAGGACCUAGGCGAAGAGCGUAAUGCCCAUCGGGGUUCAUUGGGUCGGGAGAAGGCCCUGCGUGGCCAAUUUGAUACUCUGCUGGUUCGCAAUGAGGCUGCAAGCAGAAGAAUCCAGGGUCUAGAGGAGACGAUCACGUCUUCUGCGAGCGACAUGCUACACACGAGGGUUCGGAUGCAGGAGCUCGAGCGCGAAGGCAACGAACAGUCUGUCAGUAUCGACAGGUUGAACGAAGCACUCAAGAAGUAUUGCGAGGAGGUGAAGGGACUUGAGGCCCUUGUGAAUCAACUCGAGACAGAGAAGAUUGCUUCCCGAGAACAGCACAACCAGCGCGUCUCGCAGCUCGAGGCCAAAAUUGCGAGUGACGAGAAGGCACGUGCUGUAGCUAACAUAACUAUUGCUGAGCGGGAAGAGCGCAUUCGUCAGCUGGAAGAGACGGUCCAGCUGAAUCAGAUUCGCUCAUGCGAUUUGACUGCGAAGGUUGAAUCUCUUGAAAAGGAACGUCACGACACUCUUGAGAGCUUGAAGCAGAAGCUCGCUGAGCAGCUCCAGCACCACGAAAACGAGAUUGGGCUCAUGAACGUCCGGGUCUCAGAGCUGACCACUUCUCUGGAAGCGGCCAAGUCAGAAGCAGAGAACUUACGUCGAAGUAACGCGGGCCUGGAGGAGCAACUGCAACUGGAGAUGGAGGCCAAAGCUGACUUGCUCGAUAAGUGGGCUGCGGAUCAAGCGCGGUCGUUUGCAUUCAUGAAAGAGACAGUCAAUUCGGAGCGACGCAAGGCAAGGGUGCGCGCUGCGAAUUGGGAACUGCAGUCCGAUGAUCUUCAAUCGGACGGCACAAUGCUUCCUAGCGAGCCGAUUACGCCCGUGAGCAUGGCCCGAUUUGUUGAUGUCGAAGUCGGACGAGGCAAGCAUCGAAAGCGACUUGACAGUGGCAUUGGUAUCUUGACCGAGGAUGACCUUUUGAACGACGACGGAGACAAUGGGCGGGAGCCUCCUUUGGAUAUCAAUCUUUUGCCCUCUGACCCACCCAAUCUCUGA